AUGACCAGUUUGCACCGGUACCGGUCAGAUGUUGACGUUCACUUAAUUGGCCCUGGCACAUUCAAGGGAGAACGCAGAGAGCUUCCGAACAGUUCCCGCACCGAGCUCUACUUUGAGUAUGUGGCGCAUUGCUCAACUACUUCUGAAGUUCCAGCCUCAUUCAACACCUUUUUGCGGGUGGUGAACAGAGUCAUGGGACCCCAUGUCCGCGACGGACAUCUGCACUUCAGAAAGGAUUCCGAGCACGCCAAGUGUGACACAUGUGUCAGACUGAAAAAGCUCCUCAGACCAAAUCGCCAGGGAGCGGCCUUGAACGACGCAGCCUCUCAAUCAUACAGUCGACACCUUCUGUCACAAUGGCUUGACCGACAAGCCUAUUGGUCUUACCGUUCCCUGAGUCAAACCUGGUUUCGCAAAAUGGCAAUAGGCGAAAGGAUUGCCCAGCAAUCUGUUGGAACAUCGGCGCUUUGCCUGAUCCAAGACGGGAUGGAUCAGGCAAAAUUCAAAGUUCCGAGAUUGCGGCAGCAGCUGUCUAAACAGUACAGCACUCUGUUUCGCCCGAGACUCCACGUCUCGGCGACUUGGCUGCAUGGCAAACGGAUUCUGUUCGCAAUAGCAGAUGAAGACCAGCGAAAAGAUUCUGGAGCCCAGAUUGAGCAACUUGCAAGAGGAUUGGAGAGCGUUUCCCAAGAAUACAACAUGCUGCCCUACGGCUUGAUGGUGCAACAAGAUAACACCUAUAGGGAGGGCAAGAACCGCCACUACUUGGCGUUUCAUGUCCUCCUCGUAAGUUUGAAGGUCCUCAGAUGGAGUGUGUGCUCCUACCUACGGGUAGGACACAGCCACGAGGACAUUGACCAAGUGUUCAGUGUCCAAGCUCAACUGAUUUCCCGGCACGAGUUCAACAACCCAGAGGAGUUGAUGCAGAUCAUGGACACGUCUGGCAGACCUCGCAGUGAUGCUGAGGCAAUGCGGAAGGCACGAAAGUUGGAUGUAGCCAAAGUUGCAUGUGAAACCUACAAGUUGGACGAGGUAGCCUUGUGGAAAGACUGGGUGUCCAAGCUUGGAAUCCGGCUCAAAGGGCUUCGUAAAGUUGGGCAGAUCCGGAUCAGCUUACGCAAAGACAUUGAUGCAUCUUCUUAUGGCCACUGCGAGGUGAAGGAGAUUCCAGGAACUGUGAAAGACGAGGAUGAUGUGAUUGUGAUAGCGAAGCAGCACAUGCUGAUGAGCAAUGAUGCUGUUGCCGCGCGUCAGGAUGACGACAUGCUCUAUGAGAGUGGCGAUGAACAUGAGCGCUCUGCUGGAUCGGGCUUGGACUGUGGUAGAGAUGACGAGCCUGAGUCAUUUCAAGCUUCGGACGAAGAGUCAGUUUCCUCGUGGGUGGAGUGGGCCUUUACCGAGCACGCAGAUUCCAAGCUCAUGGAGAGCUUCCAAGGCGAGAUUGUGGUGGCACGUUUUCCAUCGUGGCCGCCAGAAGAUUUGCCGGAGCGCGAUGGAACCCGCUCUUUGGAAGGGUUGCUUUUGUUUGGUGAUGGUAGCCAAAAGAUGCUGGCAGCUGCAACAGCAUGGAUUAGCUUGUUGCUCAUGUGGAGGCACCUUCCUCAGGAUAGCCUCAAAACACCUACCAUGCAAACCAUGAUCGGAUCCUUCUUGCAAAUCAGCACCAUGGUGAAGGCAGCUGAUGCUUUGUCAUCGGGAUUGGAGGCCAUGGUGAGCCGCAUUGCCAGCCAGAAUGUGGCGUCGAGGGUGCAACCCAUUACAACGUUCCAGUUUGCAGCCAUCCUCAAAGCGUUUGUGGGGCCCGGAUCGUGUACUUCGUUUGAUGACUGUCUCCAGGCGUACAACGGGCAUCCCACUGUGCUGUCACAUGAUCGGGGGGAGAGUGGCUCCGGAUCCAUAGCCCUCGACUCUCGGAAGAAGCAGGGUGUGAAGAACUGGUUGGAGCGAACUAGCGCAGAGAGUUUUGACGUGGUCCAGAAGUCAUGUCAUGACGUGCCUUUCUUGCUUGGUCCCUACGGCGAGUCAUUCUCGUUCACCGCGAUGUGCUUCCUGCAGUCGAAGGCCCAUUUGGAAUCCAACCCGGCUACAGGCGAGAUCGAUGCCCCAUUGCCUGGAGAGCCGUUUGUUGAAGUGGAUUGGGCGCUCCCCAUGACUCCUCCGGCGCAAUGCGUGUUUUUCCAGAAAGUUUGGAAAUCGUUCACCCGAGCGUCUACUGGGGUCCCUCUUCUCAACAAGAAGCGCUACAGGAUGACACCUGAGGAGCUCAUGGUGCAUCGGAAUUUGUCUGUCUUGAAGACGCGAAUGACCCCGUCCGAUGCUGUGGCCAUGGAGAAGGAUUUCUUGAAUGGCUCCCACAGUGAUUUCCUUCACUUUCUUGAGUCAAGGCCUCCGCGCAUCGCGAUGUCCAUGCUUCCAAGCAUGAAAUCCAAAGCGCAGCAGGAAGAUCAAGAAAAGCAGUGCUUGAUCCACCACGAAGUUGAGGUCCAGCGCCAAGCCGUGACGAUGGCGCAGUGGAAAUUCUUCGAGACUGCCUUGAAGAAGGACCAAUCAGCUUUAUCCAAGAUCCAGCUAGUGCCUCUUCAGCUGAAGGCGAAGUUGCACUCCAAGGCCGUGAGUCAGAGGGCUCAGCAAGCAGACGGAGGUCUCAAAGCUACGCAAGGCUAUGCAGAAGCCUACGUGAAGGUGACUUCGGUGUCCAAGAUUGAUCUUCUCAUGUCCGAGGUUGCAAAGAUGAAAACUCAGGCUGCUGAUUCGAAAUGCACAUUGGAUGAAGUGGCCAUUUUGGGGUGGUGCGACUUCAACACCCCUUGGUCCAGGACGAAGGACAAUGCUCAGGCUUUGUGCCGCGGCAUUGCGGCGUUGAACGAGGCAAGCCCCAAGAUGUCAGCCUCGGUGCUGAUCCUGCCAGACUUGGCACGUGAUAGCAAUCCUCGUGGAUUGUGGGACGAGGAGAGGCAAAUCUUCGAGGAGUUGUUCUCCUUGUCGCAGGCCUGCGAGGCCCGCUUCGUCGAAUGCUUCACAAGAGAAUCCAAGAAAGCGGAGGUCAAGUCGAACUCCAGACGGUUCGGCAUGGGGCGUUUGGUGACGAGCAGCAGCAUGAUGGACGAGAACAAGUGGUUGAACAGCGAGCUUGCUGUCUACGGCCGCGUCUGCGGGGUGAACGAGAUGGCAGAGGGAGCUGCCAGCAUGCGGAUGAAGAAGACCCUGACCGUGGACUCUUGCACCCUCAACCUUGAACGGUUGUACUACCUCUCGGUCCACACACUGGACAACAAGGAGAACGUGAAGUACGCGAAGAGCAGAGUGAUGAGAGAGCUCUUGGAUAUGUGGCUGGAUAAGCGAUUCAGCUUUGCUGGCUUGUCCUUCAACGACCAAGCUGUGGCCCUGACAGAUGAGGAGUUGUUUGCUUCUUUGAAGAAGGAGCACGAGGAGAAGUACCAGGGAAUCUUGAAGGACAUCGUGGCGUCAACCGCCGUGGUCGAUGCAGAUUCUGCCACUCCCAACGCUGAGACUGCGGCUGAGCCUUCAGGCCCGGAAGAGCUCAAGCGUUUUGAGAGUUUGGAAGCGCUUGAGGCGCAUGAUGGGCCCUUUGCUUUGAAGUGCUCCUCAGAGACUCCCGGCAUUGACAUCAUCAAGGGCAAAAGUGGCGCGAUCUACUUGAUGGCCACGGACAAGCGGAAGAUCUUGCCCAAGUUCACGUUGAUUGGUGGGUUUGGCACCGGCAAGUAUCAGCCAGUGGUAGCAGAAGAAUCCUGCGAUGCGAAGCAGAACGUGAUGUUUGACUGGAGUCAGGGGGACCGAACAGCGAUUCAGGUGGAUAUGUCCAGCUUGAACCCAGAGUCCUCUGCCUUUGAAGUAAUGUCCCUGUACAAGUACUUGAUCACUCUUGAAAAAAGCAAGAAGGUGACUCAAUAUGAGCUGUCGUAUUGUGAGAUCCAGCGCCAAGUGGAUGCAUCUGGAGACACUUUCAAAGUGCAGCCCAAAAACAUGCAUUCGUACCGCACCAUGCCGGACACUAGCAAGCCCUUGACUUGCAAGAGUGCUUUCUACGAUUCGGCAACGCGCAUUGCCGAUUCGAAGGCUUUGCUCUGCAUCUUUCGCUAUCGUUACGACAGGGUCCACGCCGUGACCAAAUGCCAAAAGCCGUACGUCAUGACGCAGGUCGCUUGCACCUUUGAGCCAGGCGUCCGGCGCCGCAGCUUUUUGUGACAAGG